UCUGAGAUCGAUUACAUUAUACUGAAGCAGGGCCCGGCCCCUAACGAAACAGUUCCACAAGACUCGUGAAGUGACAGAUUUUCUUAUUUUACCAUUGAUAAGACCUAUUUUCUAUCUAUUCGAACACAAUGGCAGACGACGAAUUGGAGGCUAUCAGGCGGCAACGCAUGGCCGAACUGCAGUCAAAACACGGGAGUCUGUCUUGGAACCAAAUGAGUCCGGUGGACUCCUCAAAUGACCAGCAAGGGCAGCAGGAGGCCAAACAGAAGGAAACAGAGAUGAGGAACUCCAUACUGGCUCAGGUUCUAGACCAGUCCGCCCGCGCCAGAUUGAGUAACUUGGCUCUGGUGAAGCCAGAGAAGGCCAAAGCAGUGGAGAAUUACCUCAUACAGAUGGCCCGCAUGGGCCAGCUGGGAGGAAAGAUUUCAGAGACUGGUUUGAUCGACAUCCUAGAAAAAGUUAGUCAGCAAACAGAAAAAAAGACAACUGUCAAGUUCAACCGACGAAAGGUGAUGGACUCCGAUGAGGAUGAUGAUUGAUGCGUUGAAAGGAGCUCAGGAACCAGUCAGACGGCUGGCUUAGGGCGGGAUUCAGGACUGGAUAGGUUGGAGCAGGGCUCUGUUCGUUGGCGGCCGUCUUUGACUUGCCAAAGGCCCUGCCUUAGUGAUGCACCCAGGGUUAUCACAUCAGCCCCCGUGUGCAUCUGGAACUCAUUACUAUAUUCUCUCUUAUAUCCAUUUUCACCACGUUUAACUUUUUCUCCACCACAAGAAGCAGAACAAAAUUCAACUUAGGGUAUAUUGCUGCUGAUGCAUUUUUCUAGAGACUGCUUUGUGAAUACUGUCUGCUGCUACUCAGUAAAUAGUGAAAACAUCAAAUUGGACAGAGCACAUGGGUAUAUUCAUUCUUUUUUGUAACAUUUUGCUGACCUGUAUCCAACAGUUUUACAUUUAAAAAAUAAAAAAGCCUUACAUUUGAA